AUGGAUCCAUCUCAUGAUGGAAAAGGAUCUCAAAAAGAAUCAUUCUCCAAAGGGUCUUCUUCCCACAUGUAUGAUGAUGGUCCACCACCGAUGGCGGCACCGCCAAACACGAUGUAUUACUCACCAGGAAUGGGGUACCCACCGGGAGUCCAUGCCCCUCCUCCACACCAGGGUUACCCUCCAGGCUAUGCCCCAUACCCUAAUGACUACCCUCCACAACAGGCAUACCAUUAUCCCGCAGGGCCCUACUUCAGCAAUCCACCCACCUAUCACAAUGAUGGUGGAGCCAGAGCCUUUGUUCGUGGAUUCAUAUUGUGUUCCUGUCUAAUAUUCACGGGCCUCUUCUUCGCCACCCUUGUCCUAGCGCUACUGUUGCAUCCCCAUCUACCCGUUUACACCGUUAAUUCCCUCUCUGUAACCAAUUUCAACAUCUCCACAACGCUAACCGCGGAUUGGAACACUACCUUCUCCAUUCAAAACAUCAACGACAAGCUCAACGGUUUUUUCUCCGACUUAAAGGUGGAUUUGUUGCACAAAGACGACAUGAUAGCGGUGAGUUACGUAUCCGAUUUUGCGAUGGACAAGAACGAGGUUAAGAGAUUCGAUGUGAAGCCGUCGUCGAAUGGGUUCUUAUUUCCGAGUUGGGACUUGGAUAACAUGGCGAAGGAGAAAGAGAGUGGCUCCAUCACGUUCGUUCUGAGGAUUACUUCCAUGGUGGCGUUCAAGUCUAGCACAAUGUCCACGAGAAGCGCGUUGGUUCUAGCACUUUGCGACGACUUGAAGGUUGUCUUUCAGAACAACACCGGUAACGGCGCGUUGGACAAUGGAGGAAAGCCCAUCAGUUGCCAACUUUAUAUAUGA